UUCACAUGCACUUCGUCGUUCAAGCUGCAAGUGGCAGCAAAGUGCCUUCAGUUUCCUCGCCUGCCUGUCACAGCUGUUGACAAUCAUCGAAGAAGAACAGGACGUUGAAGUGUGAUCAUGCGUCAAUAUUCAACAUGGGCACGCAAGUGAAAGACGUCUUCAUUAGUCCCGACGCCCCCCGCACGCUUCUGCUGGACAAACAUGCCGACUAUAUCGUCGCAUACGGCUGCAAAAAGGACGACUAUGAGUACACGCUGUCCGAGUACCUGCGCAUGAGCGGCAUUUACUGGGGGCUGACGGUGAUGGACCUGAUGUCUCAGCUUCCUCGCAUGAACCGCCAGGAGAUUGUGGACUUCAUCACGGCGUGUCAACACGAGUGCGGCGGCGUCAGCGCCAGCAUCGGCCACGACCCGCACCUGCUCUACACGCUCAGCGCCGUGCAGAUUCUGUGCUUGUAUGACUGCGUAGAUGCUUUGGAUGUGGACAAAGUGGUGGAGUACGUCAAAGGAUUGCAGCAGGACGACGGCUCUUUCGCGGGAGACAAAUGGGGGGAAAUCGACACGAGAUUUUCCUUCUGUGCAGUGGCCACCCUUUCAUUGCUGGGCAAGAUGGACGCCAUCGACAUGGACAAGGCAGUGGAGUUCGUCUUGACCUGUAUGAAUUUCGACGGUGGUUUUGGCUGCAGGCCUGGCUCGGAGUCUCACGCCGGUCAGAUUUAUUGUUGCACAGGCUUCCUGUCGCUGACGGGCCAGCUGCACCAGCUCAACGCCGACCUGCUGGGCUGGUGGCUCUGCGAGAGGCAGCUGCCGUCGGGGGGCCUCAAUGGGCGGCCUGAGAAGCUUCCCGACGUUUGCUACUCCUGGUGGGUGCUGGCUUCCCUCCGGAUCAUCGGCAAGAUCCACUGGAUCGACAAGGACAAGCUGCGCUCCUUCAUUCUGGCCUGCCAGGAUGAGGAGACGGGAGGCUUCGCCGACCGGCCGGGCGACAUGGUGGACCCUUUCCACACGCUGUUCGGAAUCGCCGGGCUCUCCCUGCUAGGAGAUGAGAAGAUCAAGCCGGUGAAUCCCGUGCUGUGCAUGCCCGAGGACGUGCUGCAGAGGCUCGGCCUGAAGCCGGAGCUCCUCAGCUAGCCGCUGCGUCUUAUGCUAACGUGUGCUGGCGUCUUACCCUUGUACAGACACACACGGAAGUAGACAUUCCUGUAUGCGGUGACUUGCUUUGAUGAUUAGUUUAAGGGGAAACUUAUGGAAGUAAAUAUGUGCAAACCAGGAUUUGAAUUUGAAAUGCCACAGAAAGCAGGAUUUGAAUUUUACUGAGCCCCUAAAUGGACAUUGGGGGGAAAAAACCUGGUUUCUCAUUGUAAUGAGUAAGUAGUCCAUUGCAUGUGUACAUGUAUAAAAGACCCUUAUUCCUGAUUCAGGAAGCUACCGCUAGCAGCUAAAUAAACUACGACUACCUGAACGCAGGAAUCUACUAUCGGGUAAAUAAGCUACGACCCACAAGUAAGCGUUUUUCGACACUCUCAUUGUAAUGAGUAACUUACUCAUGAGUAACUUCCUCAGUUUAAUGAAGGAAGUUACUCAUUGCAGUGUGAAAAUGAGAAAGUUACUCAUUACAAUAACAAAGUUACUCAUUACAAUGAGAAACCAGUUAGUUUUUUUUCAAUGUCCCUUUAGGGGCUCUGUAGAAUUUGAAAUGUAAAGUGGUCAUAUUUUCAAUUGUUGUAUUUCACUAUAACUUCAAUGUUAACAAUUCAAUUGGCUCCAAUUCGUUGCCUAAAAUUCAGCGUCUGUAACACCAGGCAGGGUUACUUCAGGUCAGAACCGAACACCCAGCCAAUCCAAUUAGGCUUUCUUAGUAUGUGACAUCACGUGAGUAAGAAAGCGUAAUUGCGAUUGGCUGGGUGUUCUGCAUGGUGGCACAGAUGGUGAAUUUUAGACAGCGAAUUGUAGCAAUGAUUGAAAAUGUGAUCACUUUACAUUUGUUUUCUGUGGCAUUUCAAAUUCAAACCCUGGUGGCACUUAUUGCCCUCCGUAGAAUCUUAUCAUGGAAUGUUAUUUGAAUCCAAACACUCGGACUUGUUCGUGACACUUUACUAAAACACCUGACCUACGUGGAUUAUACGGUUACAGAAAUGAUGAAUUGUGACCUCAGCGUUGUCUUUCUUCCCAAAAUCGUAUAGUGUGAAUACAAAUAUGUAACUUAUUUGUUUGCUGGAGCAAUAAAUGUCAGAUGUUCUCA